AUGAGCGCGUCUUCUCCUCCUCCUGGCAGUGAUAACGAUGAUACGAAAGUAGAGGGUUCGUCGUUUUUUCUCGAGGACGGCGAUGAUGAUGCGGACCAAUCGAUGCAGAAGCAGACGCGUGAGGAUCCAGACUUGGCGCUCGCGAGAGUGUUGCAAGAACAAGAGCGAGCGUAUUUCGCGUUACAAUUCAACACGGAGAAUACGAAUAACAACAACAACACGAAUAAUAAUAGUAUGGAGGAUGGGAAUACGAAUUCAAAGAGCAGCACGCGAGCGGUCUCGCCGUCGUCGAGAGACGAGGGGUCGCCGCUCGGGACGAAUACGUUUCGGAGAGGGAGACGAGGACGAGGGGGGCGCGAGAGAACGGGAGUAGAAGAAACAGAGGAAGAGGAAACGAGGACGAGCGAAGAGGAAGAAGAAGAAGAGGAGGAAGAAGAAAUGGACCCUUCGGAAGCGUUGGCGAGGAAGCUCAUGGAGGAGGAGGAGAGAUUGCACAGGGAGAGGAUGUUGGCGUACGCCGGGGUUUCUCUGAAUACCGCCGAAACGACGCAAGAUCACGUGAUGGUUGAAGGCGAAGAUAUUCCGCCAGAAGACGACGAUGUGGCGGAUCCGGAUGAUAUGACGUAUGAAGAGUUGUUGCAGCUAGGAGAGUGCGUCGGGAGACAAGCGACGGGCAUGUCCGGGUCGCAGAUUAAGCAGUUUUGCACGCUGAAGGAGUUCACUCGGUCUGGCGCGAGCGGCGCGAAGAGGAAGGGAGGUGACGAGGAGGAAGAGGAAGAUUGUUGUUCGGUGUGUCGAUGUGAAUUCGAGGAAGGCGAGAUGAUGUUAGAGCUGAAGUGUAAACACGGAUUUCACGAGGAGUGUUUGCGGCCGUGGUUGAAGGAGUAUAAAACGUGUCCGCUCUGUAAGACGGAUUGCAUGUAA